AUGCCUUGGGGGAUCGGCCCCUCUAUGUGGUUGAUCGCCAGCGACAGGUCCUCCAGCCGGGAGAGGUUCCCGAGCGACGCAGGGAUGGUUGUUGUUGGCAAGACGGAGAAUUCUGAGCAUCGUCAGCAUGCCGCCGAUCUCGGCAGGUAUUCUUCCUCGCAGCCCCCUGUUGUCACUGACGUCCAUGACCUCGAGGCGGGCGCAGCGGCUGAUGUUGCCCGGGAUCUCGCCCGCGAGCGAGUUGUCCGCCAGGUCAAGAUACCGGAGGCGGCGGAGGGAGCCGAUGGUCGGCGGGAUGUCGCCGCACAGGGCGUUGAGGCUCAGGUUGAGCGACCGGAGGAAGCUGAGGUUGCCGAUGGCGGGGGAGAUGGUGCCGGCGAGCCCCCGGGAGUGCAGGUCCAGAGCGACCACCCUCCGCGGGUGUCUCUGGCCGCCGCACGUGACGCCCUCCCAGUGCCGUUCCGGGACCAGGAGGCGAGCGGGGCUCCGGAUGCCGCCUUUGCCUUGAAAUCUAGGAGCGCGCUCUCGUCGCUUUCGUGGCCUGUGGACGACGGCGCGGUUGCAGCGGCAUGGCUGACUGGCCUGGCUGGCUGGUUAUUAUCCCUACACAGCUGGUGCUUGACCCAUCCUAUUAUAUUCCAGUAUUCCUACGACGCCGACACGCCGUAUCGUCUGAAAUCAGGAUUCAUGAACGAGGACUCGCUGUGUCUGUCCUUGUCCUCUUGUCCAUGA